GUUUUGACAUUUCCUUUGUUUUCAGAAUACAGCUGAUUUAGCGUGAAAAAAUAUUUUUCUCAAAUUCUUUGCUAUUUUGAUAAGUUUUAUAAUAAUUAGAUUGUGAGAGUGAUCGAGAUCCAGUUCAAAAAAUCAAGAUGGCAACAAUGAUGAGAGAAAAAAAGAAAGAUAAAAGGAAAAAACCUAAACUUAAACCUGAACUUAAUUUAUCAGAAGAACCUUUACCUGUAUCUGUAACGAAUGUUUCUGAAGAAAUUGCCUCUCAUUCUUGUUUGAAUGAAAACAAUGCUACAUUUAUUGAGGAAAGUUCUCAAAAAACACAGAAUACUGACCAUGAAGAUUCGGCUGAAGAUGGUAAACAACACGCAACUGUAGAAGAACAAGUAGCACCACAUGAAAGUACUGAGCACAUUGAAAUUAAGACUGAACUUGUUGAAAAUGAAUCAAGUUUAACAACAAUAAGUAAUCACAAAGAUGACACAAUCAGCUAUGCAUCCUUAAAUGCGCAGCUAGAACAAAUAAACAUAUCAAUGGAAACAGAAUCAUCUUCUAUCACAAAUGUAGAAUGUGAUUCUUGUUCGGAAGCUACAAACCCAGCUAUUGGAGAAGUUUCUCAAGAUUCAAUGGCUACAGACCAAACAGAAACUGUUGAAGAUGCAUGCCCUUCAGCCCCUGUAAUAGAUGAGGCUCCUGUUGUACAGUUGUCUAGUUGUACAGUUCCACAAGUUGAAGAGAGAUCACAUGUGAAAUCAUGGGAAAAUAGACCAAAACUACAAUGCAUGCCCUUGGAGGAAGCUAUAAGAGUGUAUGGAGGAGCUGAGAUUAAUGAAGUGAGAGCCAUGAGCGAGAGAGAGGAGGCUAUUGUGGAAGCAGGACCAUUGAGUGGCCCUGAACACCCAUUGGUGGAUCUUUUGUCUACUUUUAGAUGUUCCUUAAAUGCAGUGGAACGUGAGCGCAUAGAACUAGAAAGAGGUUUUGCAGAAGAAGAGAAAACUAGGACAAGACUGUGGAAAGUGGAGAAACGUGUUGUCACAGUGUCAGAGAAAUGUCCGUGUGGCUCUGACGUAGACCUGCGGGCGACAUAUGAGCAUGCAGAGCUCAUGAAGGGCAUGAUGCCAGUGGCCAAGAUGAAGCUGGAGUCUCUACUGAGGGACGCCCAGCACUCGUACUGUCAUCAUCAGCAUGCAGCCUUGUUGGCUCACUGUCAGAUAGAAGAACUAAUAUCAGAAACAACUCAAUCGAGCAAGAGCUGUAUUCGCGAAGCUUUAGCCCUUAUUCUCAAAGAGCUAAGGGUGUCAGACAGCCAUGCUUCAGCCCUCUGUGGCGCCCUCAGGCGGUGGGCCGAGGCACUAAGUGCGGCGUUGCUGGAUCGACGAGAUUUGAGGCAGCUACUGUUUCUAAUUCAUCAGCUUGCUAGACAGACGCGGUCGGUGCGGUGGGCGGGGCGGCUCAUCGAGCUGUCAGCCGCUGACAGUGUGGAGGUGGCGCGUGUCAUCGCCGUGCUGGACCUCAUCAUGAGCGGCACCUCCUCAGUGGAGGCAGCCGCGGAGUGCACUGAAGAAGCAGAAGAGGCGUGGGAGGAAGUAGACAAGAAGGGCUGCGGCACAGCCGUGUGGGACGGAGCGUUGAGAGAGCGAGACUUGCUGGCGUUACUGAGGGCUAUACCGAGUCGUGACGUCAUCGCUACACUCGCGCUCUUCCGGUGCAGGGACAUAACAAAAGCGGUCGAAUACGAGUGGGGCGACGGCUCUGGCGGGCGAGGCGUGUUGAAAGCCGCGUGUGGAACGCGCGUUCUGACCGCGGCGGUUGAACGCGCGGUGCAGACGCACGCGCACUAUGACCGCCUGACGCGGGAACUGGUGAAACUGCCCGUGGGGGCUGUCAACGGACUGGCUGACUUGCACUUGCAUUGCAGAUCAUCCUACGCGCCAAGCCUCGCGGCACAGAUCACAGCGGAGCUAGAUGAGACAUUCGCCUCUGUGUUCCGCCUGCUGAGCGACUGUGGCGCCGCGCUCGACCAACUGCCGUUUAGGAUGCUCGAGGACCACACCGCCAUGGUCUACUGUAUUGGGUUCAUGGAUAUGCUGCAUGAGUCCUCCCCGCGCCCACUAGAUGGCGUGGCCGUGGUGCUGCCCUCUAGCGUGAGCUGCGCGAACCGCGUGCGCCUCGUGGCCCGCGCGUGCGUGGAGAGAGACACGGAUGUCAAUCUUGCACACGCUGUGUUGGGGUUUUUGAUGCAGGUGGCCGUCGGCCGUAAGUCCGCCCCCUGCAAGCAGCCGUGCGAGGCGGCGGCGCGCGAGUGUGUGGCGACGGUACUGGCGGCACAUCCGUAUCUCUAUACUACGGCGUUUCACUUGCUGGCUGAUGCUUAUCAAACGGGUCACCUAGACCAAUCAUCAAUCGGCGUCCUUGCGCCUGCGCAGUGGCGGCCGCAGUCCAGUGAAGCGCGCGCCGUGCUAGACAAGUUCGAGCGCGCCUGCCCCGCGCUCAUUGCACCGCUGGUUAUGGCCAUUGAUACCACUCCUUACAGUAUCCCCAGCGGCGUAUCCCUCCAAUCCCAACUGGACAUAGGCCUGUGGCUGACGGCGUGGGCGGGCGGGGCGUCCCACGAUCAGCGCUGGCGGGUGCUCCGCAGGCUGAAGCUGCACCGUGUGUGGUGGGGGUACCCGCAUGUGCAUCAUCAUGUUGAUGACCCGCCACCAUUCACGCCUGCAACGGGCAAAGACAACAACACGUUGUUUCUGGAAACUUAUUAUUUGCUGGCGACCGCCUGGGGCCACAGCGUGCCCGUUAUCUGCACUCACGGCGUGGAAGUGCUACACCGGCUGGCGAGCGCGGGGCGCGCGCGUGACGUCACGCACUGUCUGUCCGCCAUCUUGAUCAUCAUGACGCAGUCGCCAGAGUCCAUCUCGCUCACACCCAAGUUCGUCGAGGUAUUCUCACUACUAGCGGGCUCCGCCCCGAGCCUGCUACAACGGGCGCUGGGCCGCGGCGCCGAGCCGGGAGCGAAUAUGCUGCUGAAACUGAUGACCACGCAGUUAGCCCACGCGAGCACUGUUGCCAACGUGUCCGUGAGCAGCGUGCUAUCAGUGUGGCUGCACUCGCUGUGGUUGACUAGCGGCUCGCUGCUGCAGGCCGCCAUGUUGGCGUGCCCACUGACGGCGCAGCUGGACCAACACUGCGCUGCUAUGGAUAUCAGUGAUAAUGUGUCAGUGAGCAGCGUGCUAUCAGUGUGGCUGCACUCGCUGUGGUCGACUAGCGGCCCGCUGCUGCAGGCCGCCAUGUUGGCGUGUCCACUGACGGCGCAGCUGGACCAACACUGCGCGGCUAUGGAAGAAUCAAACCCCGGCAGUGUGACCGCAGCCCUAUCCCCCCACAACCCCUCUCUCUGCGCGUCGGCGCUUCGCACACGGCACGGCAACGAGGCGCGCGCGCUGUGGCCCCGUGUGCUGUCAGCUUUACACGCGCAGAGAGUGAGGGGCGAGAGCGCGCAUGUGGAUAAUGCGCUUAAGUCAAUAGGAGCCCAAAUGACAUCAGAUGAGCUCGUAAUUCACAAGACGGCCGCGGCGGCGCUGGCGGCGCCACCGUCCAGCUCGGCGUACCUGGAGCUGUGGAUGCUGUUCUUCAGCUUAUAUCUGCAGAGGCCACCUGAAGAUCCACGAGACACCACACCACCAAUCGGUCCGCUGUUCUUUAGCGGCUUCAUAAAAUCCCGAGUCUUAGGACAACUGAAGAAAAAACUCCAAGAAGUCAUCACUUACCACUACACUGAAAGCGAGCGUUUGAAAAACGAACAGAAACUCCUAACUGUUCAACCAGAGACAACGCACACAGAGCGAGUAGUCAAAUCGAAUAAGCCAGAUCUCGAUUUACUACCGCCGUUGAAGCUAGUCGAUUUGACGGGAGAAUCCGAUGAAUCGAGUGAGAGUUCUGACAGUGAGCAGGAAAAGAUGGAAGAUAUCGAAGUUAACGUGGGAGAGGGAGACAGGCAAUUGCAGAAUCUCAUCACUUACCAUGUUGCUGCUGAAACGAUAUCAAGAACAUACCUCAGUUGGCUGGAAGAAGGUGACAAGGUUCGCGCGAUGCCCCACAUGCUGCGACACAUUCCUGAUCAGGCGUUAGCAGCAGCACGUAAAGCGGAGCUCUCUAAACUCAUGCCACCGUCCAGUCCUGAUGAUGAAGACAUGGUGCCGAUAGCCGGAGACCCGAGGCCGCUGGUCGUGCCCAAGACGCCCUUUGAAAGAGUGGUGGCCAUGCUGAAGACUUACCCUGUGAGGGGCAUGAGAAGACGCAGAAGAAUGAGUAUAAAGUCGCCUAUAGAAGACGCCAAGGUGGAGAGUCCGCGGCACUCAGUCUCGCUCACCGACAAGCAUCUGAGGGACAUCGAGCGACUGGCGCAAGAGUGGGAGUCGGAACUGUCCCAGGUGUCGAAGCUGGACUCGGCGCUGUGGGAGCUGGUGACGACGCUGCGCGUGCGAAGACCCAUCGCGCCCGUGCCCAAGUCGUGUCCGAACAAGUGCAAACCCGUCACUCUUGUUGUGCCGGCUCAUGAAUGGUGCAUAUCAACAGGCGCGGAAAGAAGUAUCAGAGACAAUAGGACCGGAGCCCGCAACGCAUUGCGCCGCCUCGCCAGGCCACGGCCAAACGCUGCCAAGACUGCCGCCGCCCUGCAAACAAUAACUAGACAAGUGACAAGUGCGGACACGGCCAUGGUUAUAAUGGAGCGCGCGUGGCUGUGCGGGCGCGACGCUCGGGCCGCGGCCUGCGCGCCCGCCCGGCUGGCCCUCACCAGCAUUGUCACCGACUUGGCAGAGAAAUUCAUCAUCCACGAUGCAAACCUGACCGCCACACUCCUUCGCCGGUGGUGGGGCGGGUCAGUGACCUCUGUCGGCAGCCUACAGGAUGCCCUAUCCAGCUCUCUGCUAUGCCCUAGGCGUCUGCCGCUCAGUGCCUGGUCCACGGUGUAUAACACUGUGUUGGCGUUGAACGUUCAUCCGCAUACGGCUUUUAGCUGUCUUUCUAAGUUCGAAGUGGCCCGCUGGUCGGAGGUGAUAUCCGAGGAGCAGCGUCAAUCGGCGCUAGAAGCGUUGGUGGACGCGGCGCAGCGGCACGGGGCGGCGCCGCCAGAUGAAUACAUGAUGCUGUUGGAGCUAAUAGGCGUGCACAUAUCCAACCUCUGCGGCGCGCGCGCUCUCUCCGCUCUGCUGGUACAGUGCGCACGCGCGUGCAGUGCGCGUCGCCUGCCGCCCGCCACCGCUGCGCACGCGCAUAAAGCUGCGGAGAAUUAUGCGCACGAGCUUACGAGUAAUGAGUUAGGGAACACUCUCCGUGAACUGGGUGUUAUCUGGUGGGAGGCGAGGAGCAAAAACCAGGACUACACGGCUUACGUCACGCACGUAGCUAAGCUGUUCCGGACGCUAGUGUUUGCGUUCGUCGAUACGGCCACCAACGAGCAUUAUGCUGCUGAGAAAGUGGCAUGGUACAGUUGGUCAGCCCUACAAGAGUGCUGGGGUGCGUGGAUCCUUCCUCGCGCCGACUUAGCGCCACUGCUGCCGCCCGGCGGGGACGCCGAGAACUACGCUCUGCAAAACUUCACCCGGGACCUGACGCACCUGUGCCAACAGUGUCAAGGCAGUGAACCCUACAUCCUGCAAGAGGUCUUCGAGUGGAUGUGUCAGAUGCUGCCAACCACAGGGCCUCAGUGGACGCAGGAGCAUCGCAUCCGGAUAUCCGCCCUACUGGUGGAGACGGCCAAACUUCCCUGGGAGAAGCACCAGUGGUUCCACUGCCGGUGUAUGGGCAGUGUUUUGAAGCUCUGCGCCACAGACGACACGGAGGGUCUACUCUGGCUGUGCGGCGCGCUGCGUGCCACCGCGGCGGCGACGUGGAUGCGGGGGGUGUCCGACGAGCAUGUCGCGCCGCAUCUCGCCGCGCUGUUCUAUGUGCUAACUAGUGGGCCUUUUCUUACUGAGACAAUAGAAGCGGCCACCGAGCUGCCGUGGUGGCGCCUGCCCACAGUGGCUCUGGAGUCGGCACUGGAACGAUUCUUCACCGACAAGUAUAGUGUCACUGUGCCGUACCACACGCUGCCUUGCUUCAAACUAGUCCUCUACGCGAGCGAGCUAUCCACGCACCCCGCUAACAGUACAGUCGGCCGCCGGAGCGCGAGUGAGAAGCGUCACUCGGCGGUGUCGCUGUGGGUGCGAGCCGCCUCCGCGCCGACGCUACCUACUCAUGUGGCCGACGCUACCAGGCAGCUGCUGAAUGUACUUACUGCACUAGCUCCAACGAUACAAAGUAUUGAAGGUGAACUAGAAGGGUUGUUAGAGAGAGCCGUCACUAUACUGUGCACGGAACCGGCCGGGACGAAUGCAUUACCAGUAUGGGUGACGUGGGUGUCGUCGGCGCCCCCCGCUAUGGCGCUGGCCGACGCGGCCGUGCGUCAUGCAGACCCCACUAGCUGGUCAGCCAUCAGGCCGCGGCUCGCCCGCAGCCCGUGGGACUCGGCCCCGCGGCUGCUGCUGCAGGGAGCCCUACACGCGGGCUACGCCGCCCUCGACGAGGUCACUGAGCAAGAGAUGAGGGAGGUUGUGGGCGCGCUCACACAGCUGAGCCUUAACUUCGAGGAAAACGAAGCGAUCCUGGCUGUAUGGGUGUGUGCGGUGUGCCGCGGGGGCGCGGGGGCGGGGGCAGGGGCGCUGCUGGCGGCGUGGGGGGGCGCGCCGCGGCUGUCGCUGCUGCGAGCCAUGGCGCGAGCCAGCAGGGCCGGCCAGCCCACCGCUAGAUUGCGCCUUCUCUGCCUGCUGGGGCAAUGCAUUAUCACCCCGAACACCGACUCAUUAAUUAAAGACUACGAAGCUCUCUGCGCCCAGGUCCUGGGUCCCAAUCCCGGUGACGUCCAGACGUGGGGCCGCUCGCCUCACCCCGCGAAACUACCGCUACUAGCCAUGAGAAUACUCCCCAAGCAUACCAAGUACUUUGAACUGGAGUAUGAAUUGACGCCCAAGGAGAGUUAGUUAGGUGAGUGUGAUCUCUGAUUAUUAUAUGGGUUAUUGUAGUUGUUAGGUAAUUCUCGCCUCUUGUAAUGUGGCGUUGUACUGUGAUUGCUCAGUUUUUGUAGUUUAAGAUCAAGAAAUAUACUUAUAGCUUGUUAGGUUUUUACGUUUUAUAUCUGAUUCAAUUGUUUUAAUAUCUAAUCAUAAUCAAGAAACUAUAGACAUGUUUCUGCUUAUAUUUUUUGUUAUCUACUAGUUAGUUAGGUACAACAUUUUCAUUAAUUGCUAUAGGUAUGAAAAUUAUUAUAGGAAAUAAUAUAAUUCUUGACAUCACGAUUCUCAUGUUUAUAUCGAUUACGAAAAGCUUUCUGCAACGUAACUGCGGGUUAGUACAACCCUUAAACCAACCGUUAGAAAAUCAACUACAUGCCUGUGAUUUUUACCGAAAUACCUAUAAACUUUAGGUAGCUACGUAAAAGUUUUUAGUAGUAUCUUAGCCAAAGAUAAUUUGCCAUAAAUGUAAGUUUCCUUUAGACUGACUUAUAAGAGUUAUGGGUAUAAGGCAGCGGCAAGCGGUGCUUCUAGUUUUAUUUCUUGUUAACCUUUGACUAUAUUUUUAUACGAAUUCCAAAAUGUGAUUUUAGAAAUAAAGUUAUAAACCAAAUUAUAGAUAA